AUGAGUGUUAGUUAUUCUCUUCAAGCCAAUACGGCGAAUCGUAAGUUAUUCCGUAUCAAAAGUCAUAAUCUGUUUUCUUUAGUAUCCUCAAUUUUGCGUGUAUUUUAUCUCUGGAAAGGUAGUCUGUGGAAAUUGUUAUGGCGCGAAUUAUUGAUUUGGUUAAUAGUUUUCUUCUUUUUGAUGAUGAUCCAUGCUUUUGUUAUAAAAAAUAGCGAUUUCGAGGAUAUCUAUAGAACUAUUCUUGGCGGCUUAUCAUCUGUGGAACUUGAUGGAACUAUCAUGUUUCUUCUCUCAUUUUUAAACUAUAAUAGUUUAACAAGAUGGUCGGACACUUAUGAUCUUCUAAUGUGGCCAGAAAAUAUUGCGUUGUAUUUCAAUCAAUAUUUCAAUGAAAAAUCAAUGUCUUCAAAAGAAGAAGCAAAGAAUUUAAGAAACGCUAUAGUUCGAUAUAUCACAACUUUUUAUAUUCUAAUUUUUCGUGAUGUUUCUACAGAAGUUCGACAAUGGUUUCCAACAUUGGAACAUUUAGUAGAAUCGAAGAUUUUGACAGAGUAAGAAAAUUAUGAAAGCGUAGAAUAAAUUACAAGUUUAUUGUUUCAGAGACGAACUUCAACUUUUAACAAGCAGUCAUCUUGCUGAAAAUUCAUGUCAUUAUUGGAUUCCAAUCGAUUGGGUGGCAUUGAUUUUGAAAAAGCGAUAUAGACCGAAGUAAGACAAUACUUUUCUUUUUAUUUACAAAUUAAUCUGGAAAAUUUCAGAUACCUUUAUGAUUCUAGUGGAAAUCGAAUUCGAAAUCCAAAAGAAUCAAUAAUGAAUCAAGUUCAUUUCAUGGAAUUUAUGCGCGAGUUGGCAAAAUUACGUGGAAAAGUUAGUGAUGUUUUAUCAUAUGAUUGGGUACCUUUACCAUUAGCGUUUAUUCAAACAAUCACAAUUGUUGUCUACAGUACUCUGGUGAUUAGUACUAUUCAAAUGCAAAUAAAGAUUAUUGAUAUGUAAGAAUUUAACCUUCCAAAAUUAUAUUCAUGAAAAAACAUAUUUUCAGAAAAUCAAAAGAUUCACACGAUUCUUUAAUCACUGAAAUGUUCGUCAGUUUUCUCAGCACAAUUCCAACCAAUGUUCUCUAUUUAUCAUUUCUUCGAAUUUCUCAAGUCGUUAUCAAUCCUUUUGGUCAAGACGAUGAUGAUUUUGAAACACCGUAUCUAAUCGAUCGACAUUUCAAAGUUCUACAAGAGAUUUUGUGCAAACCAACUGAUGCUCCACCAACUCCACCACCAGUUCCACCAACUUCGCCAGCAGCAAAUGCACAAAUGGAAAUAAUGAACCGAGGACCGAAUCAAUUGGGACACACAUUGGCCAGCGCAAUGCUCAGGUUUGCUUCUAAGAGAUUUUUAAAAUUCAUUUUUAAUUGUUUUUUUUUCAGUGGAAUCAGCACAAAUAGCAUGAGAAAUGCGAAUUGA